UUUAUUUAACCAGGUCGAGAAACUUUCUUUGACUUCCUGCUGGGAACCCUCACCUGGUUGCCCUUGGUUACAGGAUGGAGCGGCCUGAUUGGACAGAAGCUUCACUGACGCCCUCGUUAGCAGCAGCAGCUCGUUAGCCAAUCAGGAUCUCUGCUCAUCUUCCACAUCAGCAGGUGACAUGCCGGCUGCCAGGAAAGAUGCCCAGAGGAAGACUGAGUCUAGCAGCAGGAUGUGGGAGGAGCCUCAGCCCGGCCCGUCCAGGGCGCCGCCCUGCAGGCAGGGGUACUGCAGCUACUGCAGGGUGAUAUACAGCAGCCUGGAGCAGCACCUGUCGAGCUCCCGUCACACUCAGUGUGUGCGCCUGUCGUCCCGCGGCUCCUCGGUCUCCUCGGUGGGCAGCAGCAGGACCAGCAGCCUGAUGGAGCGCUUCCUGCAGGACGUCCUGCAGCACCACCCGCACAACUACAACGACUCCAGGCCGUCCCACGCCGACCUGCCGUCUCUCUCCACUCCUCUGUUGCCGAGGGAGGAGCUUGCUGAGCUCUGCGUUUCCAACGACGACAGCCGGUCGCUAGGCACCCGCGAGGACCUGCCCAGCUCCGAUGACGCUUCCUGUCAGCCGGCCAAUCAGCAGCAAGACGACGACCGCGGCCAAUCAGAUGUCAGCGUGACGGAGGAGGCGGGGCAAGACAGGCUGUCUCCACCAAUCCCAGAGCAGGAAGCGAGACAGACGCCGCCCACCACUGCACACACACACUCACCACACACACACUCACCACAACCACACACACAACCACACACACAACCACACACACAACCACACACACACUCACCACACACACACUCACCACAACCACACACACACUCACCACAACAACACACACACCCAACAGAGCCAGAUGCAGAUACACACACACACUCUCCACCUGCACACACACACACACACACACACCCGGCCCCGUCUGUCCACAGGAAGGCUCACAGGAAAACCAAUCGGAGAAGAGAGAGUGACUCCUCCUCCGGCGGCCACGCCCCCCAGGCCCCUCCCCCGUGUCCCCCGGGGGGCGUGGCCCGGUCCCCCCGGCCCCCCCGGCCCCGGGCAGAGGGGCUGCCCUGGCAGAGCUGGGAGAGGAAGAGGAGGGAGGCUCAGAGAGACGAAGCUUUCUCCUCCGACCACACAGACCCCAUGGACCAGACCAUCGAGGAGGUCAUUGCGUCUCACUGCCAGCAGGGGGAGACAGAGAGCCUCCACUUCAGUCUGCCCAGCUCCCUGCAGACAGAGAGCGACGACUGGGACACACCUGUGCAGGUGGUUUUGGAGCGACGCGGAACACUCACCAACACACACUCCUCACACACACCUGUCCAGGUGGCACACUCCUCCUCACACACACCUGUCCAGGGGGCACACUCCUCACACACACCUGUCCAGGUGGCACACUCCUCACACACACCUGUCCAGGUGGGCCAGGCGGAGGGGCGGGACCUGAGCGGGCUGAUGGAGGUUCAUGUGGAGCUGGAGGACCAGGUGUACACACACCAGCUGGACUCCGCCCUCCACAGAGAGAGGAGGGGGGUGCAGGAGGAGGGGUACCGGGUUCUGCCGGUGGAGCAGAUCCUCCCAGCCCCGCCCCACAUCCCAGAAUCCUUCAGGGGGAAGACCUGGGCUCAGAUCGAGCAGGAGGACGAGGAGAAGGUGGAGAACCUGGUCCGACAGUUCAGACAGGGAGUCUUCGUCUGCUACUUUGACAGCGAGUCUCUGGCCAGGUACGGCAGCAGGAGGAAAAGCAAAAGGGGGCGUGGUCAAAACAAGGAGGUGGAGCCACUGCCUGACGUCCUGCCCCUGUUUGAUCACAAUGAAGACGAGCCUGCUGACACCAGGAGGAGGAGGGGGAGGAGGAGGAGGGGGAGGGUCUUCAGGCUGGCGUCCAGGUGCCAGGUGGUUAAGGUCAGCCACAGCACUCAGACCGCCCCAGUGGUUGUCCCGGCAGUCCGUCAGCCUGCUCCAGAGGUUCUGGCCACACCCGUUAGCGUCCAGCCAGCCAAUCAGGAGUCCAGUAAGACUCCUGCAGAGUUAAAGACUCCUGCGAUGCAGACCGGGACGAGCGCGCUGUGCCUCCCCUCGUCUUACACCCGCAUCAUCACCCCCCUGCAGCCCCGCACCUCUGUCGUCUACCUCCUGUGUUCCCCUGACAACCCUGCCUCCGAGCACACGCCUCCCACAAGCUCCACCCCCAAACGCUGCAGGAAGAGGAAGAGGCCGCUGGAGCACGACAUCCAGGGGUUAAAGGUCAAAUACAAACGGCUUCCCUUCAGAUUCUAUGACCCGAGCAGCAACCAGAUCCUCAAGAACGCUCCUAAAGGUUUCCUUUCGCACCGCAGCUCCGCCUCCUCCUCCAAGCCACCGCCCACCUUUGUCAGACAGCUGUUCAGAAGUCUGAGCCCCGACUUGAACUCGGAGAGGCUGAGGGGGGAGGGGGGGAAAGGGGGAAGGAGCAGGGCGGGCAGCGGCACCUCUGGGUCGUCCGGGGUUAAAGUUAAAAAGUCAUCUGAGACUUCGCCCUUCAGCCAUUCCACGCUGUCCAACAGCAGCCAUUUUGUCCUGGGAACGCUCAGUGCAGACUUGAAGACUGGGAAACAGGAGGUGGCAAGGAGACGGGGGGCUGAGAGGGCUGGAGGAAGGACCCCUUUGACCCCACCCACUCCAUCUCCUCCUCAGAGAACCGGCAGGACGGGGAGGGGGAGGGGAGGGAGGAGGGAUAGGACACGCCCCCCGCCCUCCAAGAAGAGGGGUAGGGAUCCCGGGAUGCCGCCGCAGACCAGAAGAGGAAGCUCACGACGGGCGGGACAUAGCAGGAAACUCCCGGUGUCUCGUUCUACCCACAAUCCCCCAGCAGCAUGCACAGAGCACCUCCCUCGAACCUCCUCCUCCCGCAGGGUGAGGAAGAGGAAAGGGCGGGGCUGUCCCUGCUGUGAGGAGGGGUGAGGAAUGAUGCACCUUAAUUGAAACAUGUUGCAGAACAGGUGACACCUGCCCAGGUAGCAGCAGGGACCAACAAGGCGUCCCAGGAUGGACGGAGACACAGUAGGACGCGUUGGGUGACACUGAUAGGGGGCGCUAUUAGGGACAGGAAGUAACGUGGGUGGUCUGGACAGAGGACAGGACGACCAGAGAAGACAAGUCAGGAGGAGGACAGGGCAAGUCAGGAUGGGGCAGGGCAAGUCAGGAUGGGGCAGGACAAGGAAGGAUGGGGCCGGACAAGGAAGGAUGGGGCAGGGCAAGUCAGGAUGGGGCCGGACAAGGAAGGAUGGGGCAGGACAAGGAAGGAUGCGGCAGGACAAGGAAGGAGGAAAGGAUAAAACAGAGGAGGACGGCACAAGGCAGGAGGACAGGACAAGAUGUGAGAGGACAGAAUAAGACCAGACAGAGGAGGACAGGACGGAUCAAUAUGGGACCAGACAGAAUACAACAAGAGGAGACAGGACAGGACAGAUUGAGACAGGACAGAAGAAGAAAGAUCAAGAUAGGGUAAGACAGAACAGAACAAUGUUAGAGAACAAGAUGGAACAGGACAAGUCAGAGGAGGACGGGGCAAAACAAGAUGGGGCAGGACAAGAGAUAAAAGGACAAGAAAGGACAGAACAAGAUGGGUUAAGGGCAAGACAAGUCUACAGAAUAAGACAAAGACAGGAGAGAACAAGAUGGGACAGGGCAAGUCAGAGGAGGAUGGGCAAGGACAAGCAAGGACACAAGAAGACAGGGUAUACAGAAUUAGGCAAGACCGGACAAGACGGGAUAGAACAGGACAGAACAAAACAAACAUGGGAGAGGACAGAGUAAGACCAGACAGAGAAGGACAGGACAGAUCCAGACGGGACAGAGCAGUUUUCAAAGUCAGUGGGACAUUUAAUGGCAGGUGGGCAGGUAAAAGUUCACCUGUGCUCUGAGGGUUCCAGGUACCUCAGUGUUCAGUUGUCCCGUCGGGGGAUCGGAGGACGACCAGAGGAUGUGGAACUUCUGGAACGUCAACUCCAGGAACUUUUGGGUUAUGGAAUACCCAAAAAACUCUUCAGACGUGAUAUUUAUUUUCCAUUGACAUUGUCUUCAGCUGUCUUGUUCUGCUGGUGGAGGUACCAGGCACUCAUCACUCUGCUGUUUUUGAGCCUCAUCUUCAUCGCUCCUCUUCAUCCUUUCACAUCUUGGAUUUGUUAUCAUCUUCAUCAUCUAACAGCUGAUGCUGUGUAGGUUGGUUGGUAUCAUCAUGUUGUUACCUUGUUACCUCACAUUGUACCAUGGUGCACGGUAUUACUGACCAGUUUUCAAAUAUUAGAAUGUAAAUGCUGUGUUUGUGACCUCACUGCUGUACCAUCUCCCACCACAAGGUGGAGCCACACCUCACUGGACCCUCAGGGUGUUAAGGUGCUUCGGUCUAUAUGUGAGUUGGCUCCCGUGGCGUUCUCACAGGAGUAUGGAAGAGCAUCAGGGCAACAGAAAAAUAAAAUGUUCUGAGAUUAAUCUCAGAAUUCUGAGAUUAAUCUCAGAACAAUUUCAGAAUUCUGCAGCAUGCAUCACUGGCCCAGUUUGGGAACGUGUUUUAGUCUGGAACCUCUGAGUUCAUUGUUGGCUUCUAUGGGGUGUUAGCUAUGAUUGCACAUCUAAAUGUCUCUGGAUGUUAUUGGACAGACCUGCAACCAAUCAGAGCAGCGUGUGACGUAGUGCUGAUUGACCGCUGAGCCUCAAUGAUGUCAGUCAUCAUGUAAACCCCACCCCAUAUUAGGUAAACAUUUGUGAUUGGCCGACCUGGGCCAGGUGGGCUGUAAUUCUGUCUGAACAGGAGGGGGAGCUCGCAGAUUCAUCUGGUUCCCAGGCUCAGAAUUCUGACUUUAAUUUCAGGAGCAGUUUUGUUUGUUUGCCCUGAUGCUCCUCCGCGGAAACCAGGAACUGCAGAACUUGAAGGCUGGAAAUGGUUUUUCAGAAGCUAUGCCCCAAACGUUAGAUGCUGUACAGGGGCUAAAAAAAAUUGGUGCUAACUGCCUGUCCAUCUGUAUUUUUUUUUUUUUUUUUUUUUGAGUACUGUUUAUAAAAUUAUAAUUUAAGUAUUAGUUUCCAUUUUUGUAAUAAUAUAUAUUCAGUUUUAAGAAGAGGCACUUCUCAGAGGGUCAGGUGGAGGCUGUUUGUCAUUAUCGGUACAAACCUGAAAUCUGUCCAGGCACCUCGUCUGGUUCCUGUCUGUCUGGAGAGGGCAGGUGACGCCACGGUCAGACAUGACACAGGUGAUGCCGUCGCCCUCGAGGGGGGGCGGAGCCUGAACGCCAGCAGCUCGCUUCAGAGCCCCGGACCUCCACAUCUGUUUCGUGGAUUGCCUUGAAAUUUGAUCCCAACAUUCAUGAUGGAACCUGGCUCUGGUGACCCAGUGAGCCUCCCUCUGGCGCCACCAGCAGGCCCGGCGGGGCGUCUGCUCUUGAAAUAACUCACAUUGUACUGUGUUAUCGCUCAUGUUCAUGGUGUGUGUUCUGUGUCUGUUCGGCCGUGGCGGCUGUCGCUGCUCUUCUGUUUGUUCCAAACAAAGUGGACAUGUAAAACGCAUCACUUCCUGUGCAGCAGGAAGGAUGGAACAGAUGGUCAAGGGAUUUCCAGGCCUGGAAAACACAGCCCUGUGAUUCCAUGACUCAUCCUGAUCUGUGCUCCACCCCCUGACCCCCUGACCCCUGACCCCCUGACCUCUCUCUGGCAGGGGGAUAGAUGAUAAAUAAUUUCCUUAAGGGAAUGAUAAUGGGCCAGUAUUGGAUCAAUAAUGGAUCAGAUUACUUUGGGACUGAGGUGACAUUCCAGAUUAAAUUAAAGACAAAGUGUAUUUUUGCCUCGUUAGUGUGCUGGUGAAAGGGAUCAUGGGACAUGGUUUGGAUUUCUGAGCCUGUAAAAGGUUCGUUAGCAGCCAUGCAGACAGGAAGUCAGGGUAAACACACACACACACACACACACACACACAC